UCAAUAAAAAGACAUUAAAGGCUCGAGUAGUCAAGUUCCAGUGAGUUCAUUCAUGGAUUUUCCAUUACGCGUUGGAAUUUUCCCUCCCCGUUGUCUAGCAACCAGUGACGUAAUUAUCUGGUUGAAUGAAGGUACUUCAGUAUGUUCGAGGAAGGUGUCAUUCACAUAGUGGGUGAGGACCAGGAACAAACGGGGAUCUCUCUUUGCCGUGUACGAUUCACAGACCACUGUAGGGUAGCAGACACUCUGAAGGCCAGCUUCAUUGUGAAGCAAAAGGAGGAAUGGAGACAUCCGUGUAGAAGCUACUUGUCCAACAGAGAAGAUGAUGCAGUUGGAACACAAACCCUUGAUUUCCAGUCUGUCUGGAGGUACGGCGGGGCCCGAUGUCCAAGGAGUUGUCUUUCCGAGGGACUCAUGCUGGGCGAGAACCAACGUAGACGUUGACGAGGAGAUCAGAGCCACACGGAUAGAUGAUAUGGAGUACACCUAUCCACACGGCACGUUCUACGUUCGUCAGGAGUCGACAACGGAAGAAAUCAUAAAGAUUAUGCCACCUGAACAAUCGGAGAAGGGGGAAUCGAAAGUAGUUGGGGAGAGUAUGAAUGUCCCUGUAGGAGAUACACACCAGACGGAUGAUGGCCAUAAGAACUGUGAACCAUCACUCAACUUUGCCGUCACUAUAUCAUCUCUUCAGCCAUCGAGAUCGCAUUGUCAUCAUAGACAGUCACACAGAAACAAGGAAAAGCGAAAUGUUUCCUCACAGGUUUCCUACGUCAAAUGGGUCUCACAAAUUACACCUAUUACCCACGACAAAAUGAUCGGCCAGCGUUUGGUCACAAUACUUUUCUAUCCCCCGGACUGUAACGGACUAAAGGCAUUACUUCUGUCCAUGGAUCCAAAGGAAGACAACAAGGACAAGUUCAAGUUUUUCCCCAACUUUGUUCUCUCCGUCCGUGAUUUGGAAAUUCUUUGCUUGGACAACAACAUCAUCCGUGAUCUGCCAGCUAAGAUUGACCGCCUGGCAUGUCUGAAGGUUCUGGACCUCGACAAGAAUGUCAUUGAACGUCUUCCAAAACAACUGGGGAAACUGAGAAAUCUAGAAGAACUCUACAUCGCCAAUAACCACCUACAGGAGUUGCCAGAAGAAAUGAAACAUCUCGCGAAGCUACGUCUCCUGAAUCUCAGGAACAACAACUUAAAACGUUUCCCCAGGGUACUGCUCCAGUUGACCAAGUUGGUAGCCCUCUUGUUGGACAACAAUGGUAUAGAGGAAAUUCCAGGCGAUGUCGACAAAUUCAAGGAUAUGAAAGUCUUACUUUUGAGAGGAAACCUUCUCGUCACACUACCUGAGACGUUAUGGGCCUUAACAGAGCUCAGUUGUUUGAUGUUGUGCUACAAUGCAAUCGAAGAACUUUCUGACGGCAUCCUCAAUCUCAGGAAUCUUCACACGUUUGCCAUAAACGGCAAUAAGAUAGUGCGCCUUCCGGAGAAACUUUCUCAGUUGAAAAGUUUGAAGAUUCUUAGUUUUACAGGCAACCGGAUCGAACACCUGCCUGAUAGCUUUGAAGCACUUGAACUUGUUCACCUGUUAUUGGAAGGAAAUCCUUUGACAGCACAGGAGCAGCAUGGGGGGAGCACAGGAGGCACGUCUAUAAAUGACCAGGGUUUCUGUACCUGACAGAACAUCUUUACUGUAGGCUGACUGAAAACGUUGAAAUGAGUAUCGUGCAAUAAAGAUGAUCAAGGACGAUAUAUCAAGGACAACUUAAGAAUGGCAUGGUAGCCUGCAGCUGGCUAUCAUUCAUGGCAUUGUCUUGAUAGUAAGCCAGAAUUCCCAGCCGUGAGCGAACCAUGCCAUGGCAAUAUGGAAAACCCGUAUUACUCAAUCAUAUGUUCUUGUGUUGACUUUAUUAAUUAGGUAUGUCAAUGUGACGACAAGAGAAGAGUGUAAUGCUGAACUAAACGAAGUAUUGCUGUCAUUAAUUAAAGACUGAAAUUAUAAUUGCACUGUAAUUUUUCAUGGCUGUCGUGAUUAUUAUCACAGCAAAGGAUUAUCUGACUGUUCACUUUUACUGCUAUUAUGUAGAAGAGAGACACUUGAUUAUUAUUUUCAUUACAAACUUCUUCGUCUACUCUGAAGUUGACAUUGACCGUUACUUAUAUAUAGGUAAAAUAACUCUUCCGUAUCUCCUC